CGGUCUCUCUGUUACAAACGUAUUUACUUUUUUUUCUUACGUAACUUCACAGACAGACGCGCAAAUUUGCAUUGCGUCAUGUCAAAGUACGAGUAUAUUACAGUACUGUAUUACUGUACCACUUGGGAUUUUACAUUGACAUGCAUGCGUACCUUGUAAUAGGAUCAAACAAAAUUAUUGUUUUGCCUCAGCUUAGAGUUUAUUUGGUUGGACUUAUAUUUUUUCAAAAACUAAUUUUAAAAGUUGUUGUUGAAAAGCUAUUUAUAGAAAAGUUGUUUUUAAAUUACCUUUUUAAUACGUAUGAAAUAUACAAUAUAUAUAAUACAUCUCAUAACAUCAUCUUUCAUAAGCUAAAAAAUUCCUCAAAACUAGCUUCUGACUUCAAAUAAUAACAACUUUUGCUUAUCCGAAGUUAUUUCUAAAAACAUAUUGUUUUGUUCAAUUUUCUGCUUCAGAAUAGCAAAAACCAACUGAAACUAAACCAAAGGUACCUUAGUCCAGUAGCAUUCUCCCGUUUGCUUUUUUGCUCCUCUACUUUGUUUGUAGCUCAGGUGGCAAGGUACCAGAAUGGUACCGAGCCGGCCGGGAUUUGAACCCUAGUCUCACAUCUUGUUCGCGGCUUGCUCGGUGACGGGACUGGCUAUCUGCUGGACUGUACCGACUUACUAGAACACUAGAAAACUCAAGUUUCUUCCAAUUUUGGUCUCUUCCUGCUCCAUCUGUUUCCAGGUCACUCGGUCGGCGGCAGUGGUUUCUGUCUUUCUGAUCCUUGCGGAGCGCAGCCAUGUGACUGAGUUGACCACUAGUCUUAAUUGGUGGGCAGCUAUGGUCACCAAACCAAGCAUAGGAUACAUUUCUUGCUGACAAAGUCGCAGUGAAAAACGGUGGCCGUCGUCGAUUCUGACCUAGUUUAUUGUGGCACAACGGCAAAUUUUAUUCAGAGUUUCAGACUAGUGACGCGAGCGAACCGAGUUCGAUGCUCAUCAGCUCAUCUUGUUCACAUAAGCCAUCUACAAGACAGCAAGAGGCGCCUCAACUGUUUGACUUUGGCCUCACUGUACCAGAAAUUUCUUCUGCUUGAGCCGCCAAGGAAGGAGAAAGAUAUUUGAAUCCAUUGGAAUGGAUCAACAUCCGUGCACCAUGUUCUGUUUCCUCUGCUCAGCCAUCCUCUCUUGACCUUGACAAUGCCACAAAUGGACCAUGACCACUGCAAUGUCUGAACCACCAUCUUAAGUACCACACACUCGUCUAGUAUUUCUGAUCAUUCAUAUACCUCUCUCCUCUCUACGUCUCUCCCCAUUGCAAUGGUUCAUCAAGUAAUGGCGCCUUCAGAGCAAAUGCGUUGCCUGCAUUUAGCACCACUGCUCUUCAUCAUUCUUCUCUCAUCAGUGCCACCCUGCAAGCCACAAUCUGAUCCCUACUUCCGGUACAGCAACUGCACCCCGACACCGUACCAGUGCGGAUCAGUCAAGUUCGACGUCGGUUACCCGUUCUCGGUGACCGGCGUGAACCGGCCGGACUACUGCUCGUUCCCUGGGUACAGCCUCUCCUGCACAAACGACAAGCUGGUGAUCGACGAGAAUUCCACCGGGUUCCAGGUCACGAGCGUCGACUACGACAACCACCUCCUCACCGUCAUCGACCAGAGCCUAGCCGAACAGACGUGCCUGCAGCCCUACCGGAACACCACCAUCAACGACACCAUGUUCAUGUACACCGACCGUGACCAGUUCCUGACGGUGUACAUCAACUGCAGCGCCACAUCAUCGUCGAUUCCUUUUGCGUAUGAUAUAUUCUCGUGCUUGUCUGGGGGGCGAUCCUACUAUACGCUGGAUAAUGGCACGUUGGCGCCGGAUGUGAUGGGAUCAUGUACCUCAACUCUGGUGACUCCGUACAACUCAACGAUGGCGGGCUCACUGGCUGCCGGGAAUUCCAGCCUUGGGGAUGCGAUAAAAGGCGGUUUCGCGGUGAAGUGGAAGGCGGGUACGGGGUGGUGUGGAGACUGUCGGUAUUCCGGAGGGAUCUGCGGAUAUAAUGGUAGCUAUCCUAGUGAUCAAACAUGUUUCUGCCCUGAUGGCCCAUCUAUUGGGUCGUGUUCUUCAGGGCUGAAGAAAUCCAGUAAAAAAGCAAUUGCUAUAGGAACCUCCGUAGCUGCCGGGGUUUUCUUCUUGCUUCUCGUGGUCGUGUCGUUCUUGUACAUCCGUAAGACAAGACAGUACAAGAUGACCUCGUCCUCCAGGCUCCUCAAAUACACUGCAUCUGGCGACACGCCGCGUUCCAAAUGGAACUGUGACAUGGAGAUGGAGUCCGGCAGUGUCCAUAGCCCACAAAGGCACCACUUCACAUAUGAGGAGCUGGAGGAGGCAACGGAAGGCUUCAGUAGCACAAGAGAGAUCGGCGAUGGCGGCUUCGGCACCGUGUACAAAGGGCAUCUCCGAGAUGGGCGCGUCGUGGCCGUGAAGCGCCUUUACAACAACAGCUGCCGGCACGUGGAGCAGUUCCUGAACGAGGCGGCCAUCAUCUCCCGGCUGCGCCACCCGAACCUCGUCAUGUUCUACGGCUGCACGUCCAGCCGCAGCCGCGAGCUCGUGCUGGUGUACGAGUUCGUGCCCAACGGCACGGUUGCGGACCACCUCCACGGCCACCGCGCGCCGGAGCGCGCACUGACGUGGCCGCUCCGCCUGAACAUUGCCGUUGAGGCGGCCGCGGCGCUCGCGUACCUCCACGCCGUCGAGCCGCCGAUCGUGCACCGCGACGUCAAGACCAACAACAUCCUCCUCGAUGCCGACUUCCACGUCAAGGUCGCCGACUUCGGGCUGUCCCGCCUCUUCCCGCUCGACGUCACUCACGUCUCCACCGCCCCGCAGGGCACCCCAGGGUACGUGGAUCCAGAGUACCACCAGUGCUACCAGCUCACCGACAAGAGCGACGUGUACAGCUUCGGCGUCGUCCUGGUGGAACUCGUCUCAUCGAAACCCGCCGUGGACGUCACCCGUGACCGCAACGAGAUCAACCUGGCCGGCAUGGCCGUCAACAAGAUCCAGCGUGGCCAGCUCGACGAGCUGGUAGACCUCAAGCUCAGGUACGGCUCCGACGAGGCGACGAGGAAGGCAAUGACGAUGGUCGCCGAGCUGGCGUUCCGGUGCCUGCAGCAGAACGGCGAGAUGCGGCCACCGAUCAGGGAGGUGCUCGACGCCCUUAGGAGCAUACAGGAGGACGGGUCCAAGAAGAAAGACCCGCUCCUCGCGCCCCGCUCCCCUGACACCGUCCAUGCUCCGUGGGACAGCAUGAGUACAACGGCCAGCAUUAGCCAGUGAGUACCUGCUCUCUAGCAGGGAUCAGAUCCAUGGAAGUUUUGGGAUUUUGGCCGCUUGUUGAUGUAAAUUAUGCUGGUCUUGAAUUUUUUGAAACUGGUAGAAUGUACAUAUGAGCAGUGAUCGUGUCUGAUACUGCGGCAGCUGGUAACGCUCGUGGUACAAGUUUUUUUUUUUUUUUUUUUUUGAGGAACUGCGCGUGGUACAAGUAAUUACUGGGGAAAGUUUCCUUUCUCAGUGUCCGAGCCCGGCUUUUAAACGGUGUAGUUGUCAAGAUAUACUUGUGGGCCAUAUAGCUGUCAAAACAAAAACAAACCGGGGCAACAUACAGUUUUGAGUUGUGACCCAUCUAAUUAGGCCCAUCCAACCAGCAUAACUACUAUUCCUCAAGAACUUACUGGGCUUGAUGCGAUGAUGACAAUGGUCGCCGAGCUGGCGUUCCAGGACCA